GUUGAACAUGAUAGGCCUCACACUGCCAUUACAAUGAACUUGAUGUUGCAAGUUAAUGUCGAUUUUAUCAAUGGGUCACGUAGCCGCGACGAGUGGCACCACCACGACGUCUCUGGUCACCUGACUCGGAUUUGUACGAGUCCGAUCAAAAUAUCAAAACUUGAUCGUUGCUUCAUACUUCAGGGUAUUUCGUUGAUGCCCAGCAGGGCCCUGCCCUGCCCUGGCAGGAGGCUCAAGUAUCCAACUUUGAUGCUGAGGCGCUGAGUCUCUGCACUGCCGUACAUUGAUGCUACUUAUUUAAUGCCUUAGUUUCAAGCCGACCACCCUCCCUUUCCCCUCGCCUCAAUAUUGUGGGCAUCAUAGACCGUCGGGUAUGCAGGGAUUUGCAUGGGUUGCCCUCUUACUUCUGUAUCAUGCAGGUACUGUUUUAGCGGUCGGUAAUACGACAUGUCUUAGCAGUCAACUGGAUUGGUACACAACCGCAGUUGGUGAAACGCCUUGCAUGACAUAUCAGCGGCUUCGACAAAUAUGCAACAGUGCUUAUGUAGUGGGAAAUUUCUCUGCGAACACCCCCGGUGAUCGUUGCAAUGAUCAAGUUUCGGAUUGCUGCUGCAAUUCUGUCGCAUUCUCAUUAAGCAUGCUCUGCAUGAAUUGCCAAGAAGAUGCUGUUCCAGGCGAUGUAACUGGAAUUGACGCGGCUCCUGGAACAUACACUACUUAUCUUGCUAGCUGUGGUACUAGCACAAAUUACUCACUUCCAGCAAGCAUCCAACAGGCUGUCUGCAACGAGAACAUCAAACUUGAUAACUUUCUGUACAAUAGAACUUAUUGGCCUGAUGGAUCUUGUCGAUGGACAGCAGAUUAUGCAGUAGAACAGCAGGCGAUCAACAAUAACAACACUUUCACGGUUUGCCCGAACCAAGUCUCACCUUCGGCAUCCCUCCCCACAUCUACAACGGUCCCUACUGCAGCCGCCUCUCCCACUCUCACUAGUAUUGUCUCUGCGUUGUCCUCUAGCUCUGGGAAUACUGCUUCAGUCGCUUCAUCUACUUCACAGAAAGCCGUCAUCGGUGGUGCAGUGGGUGGCGCCGCACUCGCCAUAAUCGCAGUGCUCGGUGGUUUCUACUGUUACAGACGGGGUAAACGACCUCGCAUGAUCAGGGAUACGCCAUCCAUGUUUCUGGGCCAAUCACACGGCGCUCAGCCUGUCUAUGGAGCGUCGUUCACGGAUACUGAACCAGUAGCCACUCAGAGAUACAACAGUUUCAGUCCAGUUCGACGUCAUCAUGGGUCUGGGGAGUCUAUUACCCCGGUGAUACAUUCUUUGAGCCCCGAGCGGGCUCGGUCCCUAAACACCUCAUCUGGUGCAUCAUAUCUUGUGAAUGACAAUUUCUCUGAAGCCGCGCCAUACAGCCGAGAAGAUGAUGCUGGCACGCUAAUUCCCCCCCAUGAUGGCGCCUGCAUACCAUCCAUCCUGGGUGUUGAGAAAUGCGCCGCCAAGCGACUCAGACCCUAGUGAAGGUA